CUGAACACAUUGAGGGACGAACACCAAACAUGUGCCGAGACAGAUGGCAAAUAAUUAAUCCAGAUAAAGUUAAAUAUAAAAGAUUUUCAGAAAUGGACCAACAACUUUUAGAACAUGUUAUAGUUAAUGAGUGUCCUUUAUGGAGAGGAAAAAGAAUUAAUUGGAAAUAUAUAUCAGAAAAAUAUUUUCCGAAUCGUAGUAAUAUAGAAUUAUUAUAUUAUUGGAGACAUUAUCGUAAUCCCAAUGAUUGGACUCAAGAGGAAGAUGAGUUACUUCGUCAGAAAAUGAAAGAAUAUAGGGGACCACCUGAAAGCAUGUGGGAAAAUAUUUCUAAAAGUAUAAUUGGACGAACAGCAUUUCAAUGUCGUGAAAGAUGGUUUCAUGCAGCAAACCCUGAACUCAAGUUUGGACGCUGGAAAUUAGAAGAAUGUAUUGCAUUAAUUAAUGAGAUUAAAAGGCAUGGGAAACGAUGGAAUAUAAUUAGCAAGAAUUUAAGACGACCAUACCAUAAUGUAAGGAAAAAAUAUCGGAAUAUGGUAAAAUAUAAUGAUAGACUCAUCAGGGCUUUACGCCAUCAAGAACUAACAGAUUCUGAUGAAUCAGAUACCAAAUAA